CAUUUAACAUAAUUUAGCUCGGGCGCCAUCUUGCUUAAGCCCAUCCACCUCCCUUAUUAAGCCGCUAGAGCCUAGGGCGGGGGAGCUAGGGGAUAUGUGUGUGUCUGAAGCGUUUUGGAUUGGAGGUACAGAAAGAAAGGGCAGUUUCGAGGAAGUGACGGACGAGGCUCAGGCGACUGGUCAGAGGAAGUUUGCUUGAUGGUGGUACCGUGCUACUGAGCGAAACUUUUCCCCCUUGAGCACCAGCGGCACCGUGGAUCGGGGACGGACGGAUCCAGCGGCGGUGGGAGCUUUUGUUUCCUCGCCACACGAGCAGUACUGAGGAAUAACUUGAGGUCGGGAGAAAACGGGAGUCGCAGUGGAAUUUCACUCCCGCAACCAAGCCCCCCUUUUUCUUCUCUUCCCCGCGCCUCCUCCGGUUUUUUUUCUGGGAUUCGCGAUGGGGAAGGAGCAGGAACUUCUUGAAGCGGCGCGCACGGGGAACCUGGCCACUGUGGAGAAGCUUUUAUCCGGGAAGCGACAGUCCGCUGGGACCGGCAGUGGUUUGUAUGGUACCGGUGGAAGCGGCAACAGCGGCGGGCACGGCGCCUCCUCUCAUCCGCUCUCCAGUCUACUCAGUAUCUGGAGAGGCCCCAAUGUGAAUUGUGUGGACAGCACUGGAUACUCCCCUCUCCACCACGCCGCCCUAAAUGGACACAGCGAGGUGGUGGAGGCGCUGCUACGAAACGAGGCCUUCACCAACAUCGCCGACAACAAGGGCUGCUACCCUCUCCAUCUGGCUGCAUGGAAGGGAGAUGAACAUAUCGUCAAACUGCUCAUUCAUCAAGGACCUUCGCACCCCAAACUCAACGAGCAGAGCUCUGUAGACCAUAAAGAGUUCAAACGCUGUGGGCCCUUUGACCCCUAUAUUAAUGCCAAGAACAAUGACAAUGAGACGCCGCUGCACUGUGCUGCUCAGUAUGGCCACACCCGGGUGGUGCGGCUGCUGCUGGAGGAGCUGACCGACCCCACCAUGAGGAACAACAAGUUUGAGACUCCACUGGACCUGGCCGCACUAUAUGGCCGCCUGGAAGUAGUCAAGCUGCUGCUCUGUGCCCACCCCAACCUGCUCAGCUGCAACACCAAGAAACACACGCCACUGCAUCUGGCCUCUCGGAACGGACACCUGUCUGUGGUGGAGGUGCUGCUGGACGCUGGCAUGGACAUCAACUACGAGACGGAGAAAGGCAGUGCUCUCCACGAAGCAGCCUUGUAUGGGAAGACGGAUGUGGUACAGAGACUUCUCAGUGCAGGUAUCGAUGUGAACAUUGUUGACACCAAGGGCAAGACAGCACAGGACACUGUUAAGGACAUGCCCUCCCAGAAAAGCAGAGAGAUAGCUGCUUUGAUCCAAGGUCACAUGGCUGGAAUAGCCCCUGUCAUAGACCUCCCCCCUCCACCAAUCCCUCCGCCUCAGGAGAGUCCCAGCCCACGGAAAAAGGGUGACAUGGAGAAGGUUAGCGAGCUGAUCUCGGGGCUGGCCCCGAGGCCCGAGGAGGAGAGUCCCUACGAGGCUCUGUUUGAAGCCACCUCCUGUCACUCUCUGGACAGCCUCACCAGCGGCAAGUCCUCUGACCGAGACUCCGGACGGCCGGACAGUGAAGCUGGCAAGAAAGAUCGCCCGGUCCACUCAUCACAUCCUGGUCAUGAAGAAGAAGUGAGCUCCGAGGCCCUGUAUACUAAUAGCAGUAUUGAUGAGAGAGGCGAGCCAGUGGAGGAGGAGGAUCACACAUAUGAGUUGUUGCUGACUGCACAGACCAAACACACACCGCCCAGCCAGGAGUCCCAAUCCAAUAAAGAUGAGAACACCACUAUACAGUCCUCCACCAGUGCCCUACCUCAGCGUAAACCCACUGCCCCAAGCGACCUCAGAGCCCCAAGCAGGACGAAAGACACCCUGCACCUUCCUGGACGGGUGAGCCCACGGGCACCAGGAGAUAACUCGCAGCUCAGCCAGGAUCAGGGAGCAGGUGUCCCGGAGGUGUUCACUGGCCUGCUGCACGGAUCCUCCCCUGUCUUCGACAGCCGCGAGGAACCCUUCAGGCUUCCAGGUGUUGCGCCAUCCAGCCAGGUCCAGCCGGAAUCAAGAAAAACUGCCAAAGUAAAAGCGGAAGUAGCAGCAGCGGCACCGCUACCUAGCCGCCCCAGUAUGGCCGCCAUCCUGACAGACUGUGAUCCAAAAGCAAUUUAUGCAACUGUGAACAAGGAGCCCAGGGACUUGGGGGCUGGGGCAGUGUGUGCCGUUAGGAUGCGCCCUCCUGGGGACCUGAAACUGGCACGCAGCCUCUCCAAGUCUGACUCCGACUUGCUCGUGUCGCCCCCUAGUGAGGAGGACGGGGGGUUGGGAAACCGAAGCGAGUCUGUUUCUAACUGUAGCACUGGCAAGAAGAGGCUUGAGAAAUCUCCCUCUUUCACCUCAGAAUGGGACGAGCAGAAACGGACGACUUCUCCCGCCACAAAACAGCGAAGAUCUAAUUCCUUUGACAGCAUCGAGAAGAUCAUGACACUGAUUGGUGCCGGCAUCGAUUUUUCCAGGGAUCAGCAAUAUGCUACACCAGCAGGUGCUGCCGGCCGGCUGCUGGACCAGCCCGUGGGAGACUGGCUGGAGCACGUGGGGCUGCCGCAGUACGAGAGCAAACUACUCCUCAAUGGAUUCGACGACCUGCACUACAUGGGGACCAAUGUAAUGGAGGACCAGGACUUGAGAGAGAUUGGGAUCACAGACCCAAGCCACAGAAAGAAGAUCCUGCAUGCAGCACGUUCGUUACCCAAGGUGAAAGCGCUAGGCUGUGACGGAAGCAGCUCCCUCUCCUCUUGGCUGGAGAAUCUGGGCCUGCACGAGUACUUGCACAACUUCCUGACCAGCGGCUACCGCACUCUGGACUGUGUCAAAAACCUGUGGGAACUGGAGAUUGUCAAUGUGCUAAAGAUCUCCCUACUUGGGCACAGGAAACGCAUCAUUGCUUCCUUAGCGGAGAGGCCCUAUGAGGAACCUCCAGUCAAGCCUCCUCGUUUGUCUCAGAUCAGGUGCCAAGACCUGCCUGGAUCCCAGACUUCGUCCCCCUUCAGUCAGAUGGAGUCCUACACAGGACGCUCAAUGGACCCUCUGCUGCCAAUAGUAGAGCCAGGGAGGAAAAAAGUCCAAGAUACUGACUAUGACGUAACCCAAAGAUAUCACAGUGAACGACACAGACCACACGAACGGUAUGAAGAACGGCAUCGAGAGCCCCGUCUGACCCUGCGGCCUCCAAGUCUGGCAGCACCCUACGCCCCGGUCCAGAACUGGCAUCAUCAACCUGAGAAACUUAUCUUUGAAUCCUGCGCCUACGAAGCCAGUUACCUCGGUUCGAUGCUUAUUAAGGAUCUAAGAGGUACCGAGUCCACGCAGGAUGCCUGUGCCAAAAUGCGGAGGUCGACGGAACAAAUGAGAAAAGUCCCUACCAUCGUCCUCUCCAUCACCUACAAGGGUGUGAAGUUCAUUGAUGCAGCAAAUAAGAACAUCAUCGCAGAGCAUGAGAUCCGUAAUAUUUCGUGUGCAGCCCAGGACCCAGAGGACUUGUGCACAUUUGCUUACAUCACCAAGGACCUGCAGACCAGCCACCACUACUGCCAUGUGUUCAGCACAGUAGACGUGAAUCUGACCUAUGAGAUUAUACUGACGCUCGGCCAAGCGUUUGAGGUAGCCUAUCAGCUGGCUCUGCAGGCCCAGAGGACCAAACAGCACCAGAACCUCCCAGUGGGACCCGGUUCAGAGGUCAUUGAAACCAAGUCCAGCAGACCUGUACCCAAACCACGAGGCAGCGUACGGAAGUCGUCGGGGGACAUUGUGGAGCAGGAGGGGGAUUCUCAGUCCCAGGGCAGCGCCACGUGGCUCGUUGACCCCAAGGAAUCCAAGCGCACUAUCAGCACUAACUGAACACUGUGGCCACUCCCAGACAGUAAGAAAGGACAGGAAUGAGCCCUGUUGCAUGGUGGGUAGGAUGUUUAGUGACCCACUUUGUAUGCAGCAGAAUCACAUCACCAGUUGGAUCAACCUAACCACAGUAACACACAAGCCCGGAGACAAACAGACGUAAAGCUUUCAACACGACACGGUCCACCAGAUCAUCUGACCUCAUCGACUUCAUGGCGCCACACGCGUAUGCACACACUCCAUUUAGCUUCCUGUCUAUCGUAAAGUAAUGCCUCCCCCAGAGUCAGAUAUAUUUGUUGUGCUUUAUGCAUUUCCUGAAAAAUGAAUCGUUGCCUCCUAACACCGAUCAGGCCUCCCUCAUAGAGGGUUAGUGGUGUUUACACUUUGAGGAAAUGUACCUACGACGUCACAAUGCAGAACCUGUAGUUUAAGGGGAAGUGACUGAGAUGAGGAACAUUACUGUUAUGGUACAAAGGUACAUACACACUGUAUGGACACACUCAUUCCUGGAUUAUUCGUCCUGUAUCCACACAUUUGUAGCGUCUCUACAUGACCAUCAGCUUGUCAUCCACAACAUACAUGUGUAACUGUGAUAAACAAUGUAAUCUUGCACAGGAGGAACUCUAACCAAACUCAAAAGGGCAGAGGAACUGACACUACAAAGACUGUUUUAUAAUAAUAAUAAUAAUAAUAAUAAUAAUAAUAAUAAUAAUAAUAAUAUAACGGGGUGGUUUUUAUUUGAUUUGAAAGUUUUUCUGUACGUUUUAAUUGUUUUAAGGACAAUGAUGUGUCCUAAUGCUGGAACUGGAUCAGGUGUGGUUCACUGCAGCUCUCUCUCUUUCCCUGCUCAUUUGUUCAAUUAAUCUAGACAAGAUUAUUAACCAAACCUGCCAUGCAGGCUGGUAUGUCUUUAGAUGUAAGCUGCAGAACAGAACAAUAAGGCACACAGCAUGCUUCUCUUAGCUAACUCCCAGUAUGUUGACUGUUAAUGGUACUCUUUGGUCAGCCGAUGUGUAUAUGGGUAGUCUGGUUGUUUUGAUUUAACUGUUGUAUAUGUGGUACGUUGUCAGGCCAGUACGAUAACUCUAUGGUACACUGUCUUCAGCUCGCUGGUGUCGGCACCUUCGGCCAUCAGCCUGGUCCCGUUCUGCUUUUGCACAUUGGUAAGGAUCAGGAGAGAUAUUUAGGGACUAAUCUAAUGACAACAAUGAUGAGAAUGAUAUUGUACAUGAAUCUAGCAGUCUGUAUUUUGAUACUUGAAUGAUUUUUGCUUUUAUAGAUAUCUAUAUAUAUGUAUAUGUAUGUAUGUACGUAUGUAAUUUUUGACGUUUGUCAAAAGAGAGAAAAGGACUAUGUCUUAUAAAGUUAAACAUAUCGUGAAUAAAUACCCUGUGAUUAAAAAAAUAAAUAAAAAAAGACUGAGAAAACAGUUACUCAGAAGAGGGACCUCACUUCCGAAAAAAAAAAGAUUGUAAAUAAUCUUGGGCUUCCAGUCUUUUUUAAGAUUAUUUUUCAUAAUUGUAAAACUAAUAAAUGGCGCAAUUAGAAA